AUGAAUAACCGCCAAAAAAAUAAACAAAGCCCUUAUAUCUUUCAAUAUCAGCCGCCUUCUAACAAGAAUAAAACUUCUCAACAAGACGCUAUUGCUUCUGAUAAUUCUCUAAUUGAUCCGAUUGAUUCGAAUACAGUCACUCAAUUUCAACCAUCUUCUAAUAAGAAUAAAACUUCUCAACGAGACGUUGCAACCUCUUCUACCUCUCUAAUUGACUUGAAGAGGACCUCUCAAUCUCAACUACCAUCGUCUAAUAAAAGUAAAAAUAAAACUUCUCAACGAGAUACAGCGGCUUCUUCUACCUCUCUAAUUGAUCCAUAUAGGGUCUCUCAAUCUCAACUACCAUCGUAUGAAUCUCAACGAGAUGCUGCGGCUUCUUCUACCUCUGAUCUGAAUAGACCUCUUCAAUUAGAACCAAAUAUUUCAACAGUUGCAGGUAUCCAAAAAAGGCUUGAAAAUAUCCAGCUCCCAGAAUCACUUCAGGAAAGGCUCUGGCUUCCAGAGUCACUUAGGUCACUUAGAAAUGUAACCGAACAAGAGGCAACUACACGAUUACCAACUGCUACUUAUAAAGAACUGUUAACAGAGAAGAAAAUUGAAGAAGCGAAAGCUUCUUCCGGUGAAAUGAAGCAUUUGCAAGAACAAGUCGAAAUUCUCGCUACUGUUAAUGAAGAGUUAGGUAACAAGAAUGAUGAACUUCAGAGUAAACUUAAAAUUUUUGAUAAAUAUAGGUUGCCUAGAGGCAUCAACUAUGAGUCAAGCGGAGAUUCGUCAAAAUGUAGAAAAAUUACAAAAUCGAAAAAAUCUAUUUCGAAAAAAGCUAAAGGAUCAAAAAUGAAACGAAUGAAUCGUUAUGAUGCCGAAGAAUAUUCACCAGAAAGCAGUUUGGAAAAUAUUUCUGAAACUUCUGAUAAAGAAGAAAUGGAUGAAGUAAACGUGAGGAUUGAAAUGAAAACCAUAUUGAAGGGUGUUAACGAAGAGAAUGGCCUUAAUUACAAAGAGACGUUCAAUAGCCUGGGAAAUCUAAAGGUUCGCGGUCGACUUAUUAAAGAAUUGAGAGAAAAUAUGGCGCCGAAGUACCAUCCAUCAGUAAAUCAAUUAACAAAAUGGUUAGAUUCCAUACACAAAUCCAGAAGGUUCCAAGCGAAAUUGAAGUUGACUGGAAAGAUCGAGGGAGACCAUCGUCGUGUAUAUUGCAACAGCCGAUUAAAUGAUAAAAAGUUUAGAAGAAUUAAGGUCGCAAAAGACCUCUUCAAAAAACAUGACAAACGAAUUGAAAAUUACGAUGAACGAUCGUUGCUAAAAAUGUUAUCCGAUCGUUAUUAUCACUUUCCAGAAAUAAGUGAGGAUGGCGAUGACGGUUCUGUAAUAAAUGUUUACGACUAUUCAUGGCGUUCUGACGAGAAUGUACUCGAUGCGUAUUCGUUAACAAUUCAAUCUGCACAACUGCAAAGAAGUAGAUACUAUGAUGAUGAACACGAUAUGAUUUUCGAUACAACGGAACAUGAAAAAUCUACCAAAGAGUAUCGGAGUGAAAUCAAUGAAGAAUUAGAGGAAACAGUAGUAGAAAUAGAAGAAGUGCUAUUAGCUGGUGGUAAUCUUACAAUGGACUAUUGA